CCUUCAGCGCUUAGACAGUCUUCUACCUGUUUGAGUCGCGGCAGCACAACAACACUCGCUGUUCUCCUUUUUUAAUAUCCUCGUAUUAACUUGUCAUUGUGCUAAACGCUAUUCAAUCAGUUCCUGAUAUAGCCAACCGAAUUUGUUCUGUCCCGUUAGCCGAUCCCAAACGAUUUUAAAAAAUGCGUCUCCACCUUGGAUUUCUACGCCGGAGAAGUACAGAGGCCUCAUUGUCAACUCGACCGCAACCGGAAGAAGCUCAAAAAUGGACGGAAUCUUUCGCUGUCCUUAUGGCAUCUAAAUAUGGAUCGUCACUCUACCGGGCGUUUUUACUGCGCGAAUUCAGCAACGAGAAUUUGGAAUUUUGGCUGGCCGUCGAAGAGUACAAGAACUCGAAACCGCAAAAAAUGGCAGCCAAAGCCCAGCAGAUCUACAAUGAUUUUGUAGCCGUACAAGCAUCCAAGGAGAUCAAUCUGGACACAGAAACCAGACUCAUCACGCUGAACAACGUCCAGUCCAACACUCCGGAUCAGCACGCAUUCGACCGCGCCCAAAGGCGGAUCCAGCACAUGAUGGAACGCGAUUCCUACCCGCGUUUUCUCCAGUCAAGACUUUUUCUCGAACUCGUCCAGACGGACGGCUGUCCAACCUCAACCGGUUACGUUUCGGACAACUAAACAUCACCAAGAGCACAAAACAAUUGUCCUUAUUAUACAAUCGCAACAUUUUAUAAGGCUACACUUUACCGGCUAUACAGGCUGGAACAAAAUCACUCGAGACGACACUUUCACGUCGUCGUCCUUUUAUUACUAUUUUUUUUUUUAAAUUGAUCUUAUAGCUUCUCGCGCAGGCCUACUGUGAUAUUUAUUCCAUUCAUGUUCUAAAAUCGGCAUUACCUU